AGUUUCUUGGAAUUUUUCUGUUGUUAUUGGUUGUCUCUCCUGAAAACAUAUAGAUCAAAGCGCCCACACCAGCUCAGACGUGUGCAUUCCGGUUUCCCCAGGCCAAGCACACUACGAUACGGCUAUUCUUACUUCCUUCUCAGCCGUUGUAUGCUGCAGAGGGAAAAGAGUUUUCAUAUCGUGCUGCUCCAUGUUACGCGGAGCAAAUAAUGUUUCGGGAUGCGUUUGACGGAUCGUGCAACGCUGACCGACCGUUGUGAUCAGGAUGACGAGACGUCCACUGGAGACAGACGGAGCCGUGGAGACGGUUACAUGCUGGAAGAAACGGGAAAGCACUGUGAUCCGUUUUGCACCCGCGUCGGUCAUCCAGAGGGUGCCCUGCGGCGCGGUGGCGGCGGGGGAAGAUAGCCUCGGCGAUGCUGCAUCUGCAGCCGCCGCCUCCUGGCACACCGCCCCCACCGGUAGGUGGCAGUCUCAGUGCGACAGCGGCUACAGCAGCAGCCGUCCCUCCUUCUCCCCGCCCGGGGAGGACGAUGCCGCGGUUGUGGCUCACCCCACGGCCAGUCCAGUGCAGAUGUCCUCAGAUGCCGCCGGCGGCCGGUCGGCGUCCGCCCAGCCCAACGGCCGCUCCGUGGUCCCCGUGAAUACCGUCCAUCUGCCGCGCUUCCUCGGCCGCUACUGGGAUCUGAGCACCGCCCGCGGUGCGGCGCUGCAGCAGACGGCCGCCGCAGUGCAGAAAGCCUACAUAACGGCCUUCGGCGACCAGUUACUCAAGUUCAAUCGCUUCAUGCUGGCGGCACUGCGGGACGGGGAAAUACCGCAUCAGCCUCAAAUGAGCAUCGAGCAGGCUGUGGAGAUGAUGCAGAAGUCGGUGGCGGUGGAUAUCGACCGGCUGCGCCGUUUCACGGCCCUGCUGCCGGGAUUUGCGGGGCUCAGUCGGGCCGAUCAGACGGCGCUGCUGACCGAGAAGUACUGGCUCUGCGAACUGCUUUCGCACUGCAAGUUCAUCCACAAGGGCGAAAUCUACACGUACUUCGCCGCCAGCGGCGACCGUGACCUGCACUGCGGACUGUACUGGCUGGACAUCCUGGGCGUGGAUGCGGAUUUUAUGCGCUUCAUCUACGGCUUUGCCGGCGCCUUUAACGAUAUCGGUCUGACCCAGACGGAGAUCUAUCUGCUCCUGGCGACCGGCAUUUUCCAACCAGAUGGGACGAGCGCGGCCGAUAAGACUACCCUGUCUUUCCUGCACUCUCUGUACCUGGACGCCUUCUUCUACUCCCUCGGCACGCGCCUGCCGGUAGCCGAACGAGCGGUGGCCUACGAGAAAGUGGAGCGGACGAUGCUGCAGUUCCCGCACAUCUUCCGGGUGUCGGUGCUGUACGUCAACAGUAUGAACCUCACUGGUGUACCUCUGCGACCGUCGUCCAUUGAAUUCCGCGAGUGCUUGGAGUGAGACCGCCACACCGCAGUCAUCUCGGUGCAGCCGUCUUGGCGCUUCCUUGCUGUUCGGCGGAAUUACGCUGCGAUUGACCGCUACGCUGUUUUUAUGCCGGAGCAUGGCGCCUGGUUAGCCAUGCGACAACGCUGGCUGAGCCGGCUUUUGGUCCAUCACCAGAUAAACGUGGAGGCCAGAUAUCGUCCGUAGGCGACCUAAUUAUUUUAGAAUUACCUUACGAAAACCUCGGAUACUUUAUGCCACCGACAGCCAGUGCGAUUUUCGCGCUAGUACUUCCCCCGUCGUUCUGUUGUUUUACUUCCUAAAUCAAUUUUUGACGUAUUUGACUGAGAUCUUGAUAAUCACGAUAAAAGCAGUAAAAGAGCAUAGUUAUUGCAAUUUUUGUUAUUACUUGCAGCCAAAUAAUUUGAUUAUUUCCAGUUAUUACCUUGUACACGAUUGUACGAUUGUACAUUGCUGAGAUAUUAUGGCGAAUGAUUGAAUAAAAAUGGAGA